AUGGCGGUGAGUGCCACGACGGGGGUGAUGAACCCACUCCUUGGCAAGCUCACCAAGCUGCUCGACGAGGAGUACAAGAAGUUCACGGGGGUGAGGAAGCAGGUCUUCAUCCUAAAGGAUGAGCUCAGCGCCAUGAAAGCUCUCCUUGACAAGAUGGAGCUUAUGGAUAAGCUCGAUUCAUCUGCCAAGGACUGGAGGGAACAUAUCAGGGAUAUGACCUAUGAUAUGGAUAACUGCAUUGAUGACUUCAUGCAUGACAUUGAAUGUGCCCAUGGAAAGAAAGGCUUUGUCAGGAAGAUGGCUCAACGUCUCAAGAGAUUGGGGAGGCGUCAUCAGAUCGCCAACCGCAUCGAGGAGCUCAAGGAUCUUGCAGUGGAGGCAAAUGCUCGGCGAGAGAGGUACAAGAUUGAUGAUUGCAUCAAUUCGAGUCAUGACAUUGUGCUUGUGGAUCCCCGAAUGACGGCAAUCUACAAGGAGGCAGCAAGCCUUGUUGGGAUUGAUGGCCCGAGAGAAGAGCUGGUCAGCUUGUUGAUGGAUUCCCACAAGAAACUCAAAGUGGUUUCCAUCGUGGGGUUUGGAGGCUUGGGUAAAACUACACUUGCCAAACAAGUGUAUGAUGAAAUUGGAGGACGGUUUAACUGUAAGGCAUUUGUCUCAGUCUCCCAAAGACCAGAUAUGAAAAGCCUUCUCGAUGGACUACAAUUCAAGCUUGGGAUGGAGGAAUCCUCUCAUGCUCACGAGCUCCAAGACUUCAUUGACGGGCUUCGAGAAUACCUCAAAGAUAAGAGGCCAUAUUUUUUGUACCUUGGUAUGUAUCCUGAAGACCGUGAGAUCUACACGAUUGAUCUAGUUCGGCAAUGGAUAGCCGAAGGCUUUAUUUGUAAUCUGCAUGGGCAAGAUUUGGAUGGUGUUGCAAGAAGUUAUUUCAAUGAUCUUAUCAACAGAAGCUUGAUUCAGCCCGGAAGAACAUUUUGUGGCAAGUGUACAGAAGAUAAUUUUAUAAGUGUGGCAUAUAAUUAUGAAGACAUAGCAAGAUUGCACAGUUGCAAGUACAAAGUUCGUCGAUUAUCCCUCCAGUCAAGUGUUAGUGCAACAUCGAAGACCCUUGCUACUAGCAUGUCACAAGUUCGAUCAUAUGCACGGUUUGGAGAGUCCAUGUACACAACUCCACUUUCACAGUUUAAGUAUCUCCGAGUGCUUUUGUUUGAGUUUUCAGGUCGAAGGGGUACGUCAGUGGACCUUACAGCAAUUGGCCAUUUGUUUCUGCUUAGAUAUUUAAAGAUUGAUACCAGAUUUGCAGAUUUAGUGCUCCCUACAGAAAUUCAAGGGCUUGUGCAUCUGGAAACUCUACAUGUAUCAUGUUGUCCAACUCAAAGCUUUCCAUCAGAUAUAGUUCGCUUGCUUCAUUUGAAACUUCCGUAUGGUACAGUGUUGCCUGAAGGGAUCCAGAACAUGCAAUCAGUCCGUGACCUGCACUGUACUGGCAUGCCGAAGACUUUGCUGGAGGAUGUCAAAGGCCUUGGGAAGCUGACAAAUGUGGAGGAUUUGAAGUUAUGCACACCUUACGACCAAUUCUUGGUGUCGGAACAAGUCGAUGCUUUGGUAUCCUCCAUUGGAAUGCUUCGGGACCUCAGGCGCCUGACCCUCGAUUGCAAGAUUGAAUGCGAAGUACAUGGCAACCAGUUGGAGUCAUUGCUUGAUCCUCCUCCCCGUAUCGAGCUGCUCAACCUGGAAACAUGGGAGCCUCGCCAUGGAUUUCUGCUGGGGUCAGUGGAGAGGCGCUACACCAGUUGGAAUGGAGUGCCUACCCUGCCUCCAGGACAUCUACGUGACUCUUCGCGAUACCCGUGGAAGAAAUACACGCGCUAA